AUGGGCACUAGAGAAGCUCAAAGAGUUGUUCUGUUCAGAGAAAUUGCUACCAAAGGUUGUGGUGAUGGACCGGGAACUUGUAUUAAACAACCUGGCCGCUCAAUUAUCCCAAACAUUCUCUGUUUUCUCAAUCGAUUGCUUAAUCUUUCUCUGCUAAACUUUCACUCACACUACUUUUGUUUUCACGAUAAAUUCUCCAUUCCAAAGAAAAACAACACCAACAACUUUAUUCUACUCAAUCGGUUCAUCCUCACGAUUUGUUUCUCAACUAUCCUCUUAUCAUCUUCAUCUAACCGAAAUAACAACAACUAUAUUUCUCCAUCCGAAAACCAUCUCAGCUUACUCUGUUCUAUUUCUAUUCAUGAUACUUCCCUCCCUUGUUCUAAACCGUGA